AUGAUGGCGGCGAUGUGGCGUCUUUGCCUACUGUCACUUUGCAGCAGAUCCCUAGCUGCUCCGAAAGACGACGAGGUUCACAGCCUUCCCGGUUGGUCGAGCGAGCUCUUCUCCAAGACGUAUUCAGGCUACAUCCCUGCAGGCGAGGAGGACGGCCAUGAGAUGUUUGAGCAUUACUUGUUCUUCGAGAGUGAAGGCAAUCCGACAGACGACCCGCUAAUCAUGUGGACGAACGGUGGACCUGGAGCAUCUUCCUUGCUGGGAUCAUUCACAGAGCUUGGGCCGUACUUUCUGGCAGAUGCUUCUCUUCAGACAGAGGCCUAUCGGACUUCCGGCGUUCCAACCCUCUUCGAGAACGAUUACCGAUGGACGAAGCUUGGCUCGCUGCUCAUUCGCAACUUGCCUCCUCCAAUCGGUUUCUCCUACUGCAAUCCCACCGGACCCAGCGGUGACGGGUACAGCUGCGGCUCCUGGAAAGACACGAAGACGGCGAAGCACAGCCUGAUCUUCAUGCAGAACUGGAUGAAGGCCUUCCCAGAGUAUUCUUCCAACCGCCUGUUCCUCGUCGGUGAAUCCUACGCGGGCCUCUACGUGCCGAUGCUCGCGCAGCAAAUCCUUGAGGCCGGAACCAUGCGCCUGGAAGGCAUUGCCGUCGGCGACGGCUGCCUCGGCGGCCCCGGCAACGAGGGAGGGUGCAUGCCCAGCACCGGGCCUUACUUCACCGUGGAGUUUUUCCAUGGCCAUGGUCAGUUCUCGGACAAGACAUACAAGCUGAUCCAGGAAGCCUGUUCCAAAGAGGAGCUGGUGAACGGAGCGAAGACGGCGCAGUGCCAUGCAGCCCUGGACAAGAUGGACCAAGAAAGAGGUUACAGCUUCGACUAUAACCUCUAUGAUGAGUGCUACGAUUUCGACUUGGACAGCGGGACCGCGGCCCCAUUGAUGCAGCGACGAAGUUCCAGGCUUCGCUCGUGGCGGCAGCUUUCAUUGCAUCAGAACAGUUACUGGCACAUGGAUGGUGCACCCUGCGGCGGCGUCCAUGCUAUGUUCAAGUGGGUUAACACAAGUGCAGUCAAGAAAGCCCUGCACGUUGCAAGCGAUGCCCGCUUCUUCACCGGAGACAACGGUGUGGGCUUCACCUACAACUCGACGCAGCCAAGCCUGGUUCCGUGGUACUCCAGCGCGGAGGCUAAAAAGCUGCGGAUCCUCAUUUACGAUGGAGACGCAGACCCCGGCCUCAACAGCUUCUACGCACAAAAUUGGACGUGA